AUGCUCUCGCGCGCUCGCGCCGCUCCGGCGGCGCGACAUCAUCACGUCUCCUCCCGUCUCGCGUCGUCGUCGUCGUCGCGCGUCGUCGUCGCGCCGCGCGCGCCCCUCCUCCGCGGACGCUCGACUCCUUUUUCGCGAGCCGCUCGCGUCGGCAAGAUCUACACCGCGUCGUCCUCCGUGACGGAGGCGUCCACGAGGACGGUCGUGCACGUCGAGACCGCGACCGAGCUGGAAGACAUCAUCGCGUCGUGCGCGCGCGAGAAGCGGAAGUGCGUCGUGAACGUCUCCACGAGCAAGUGCGGGCCGUGCAAGAUGCUCCUUCCCACGCUCGAGAAGUACGCGCGCGAGCACGGCGAUUCCGCGACGUUCGUGAAGUUUCACAGCGACGAGGGCGAGGACCUGAAGAGGGUGGCGUCCGAGUGGGCGGUGCAGCAGGUUCCGACGUACAGGCUCAUCAGGGAGGACGGGGAGACGCACGCGCAGUUCACGACCGGGAAGCCGGACUCGCUGGGGGGAAAGCUGUACUUGUUUCUCACGUGA